AUGGACUUCGCUUUGGAGCGCUUCGCUGAAGCUGUAGACCCGGCUUUCCAUUGCCAGCUGUGCGGCCAGGUGCUGGAGGAGCCCGCGUGCACGCCUUGCGGCCACGUCUUCUGCGCCAGCUGCCUGCUGCCCUGGGCGGCGCGGAGGCGCCGGUGCCCACUGCAGUGCCAGCCACUGGCGCCGGGAGAGCUGUAUCGGGUGCUGCCGUUGCGCAGCCUGGUCCAGCAGCUGCGAGUGCGUUGUGACUACCGUGCACGGGGCUGUGGCCACACCGUGCGGCUGCGAGAGCUGGCGGCGCACGUCCAGAGCUGCGACUUUGGCCUUGCCAGUGGCUGUGGCCGCCACUGCUCAGGAAGCUGCUGCGGAGGCGGCAGGAAGGAAAGGAACCAGGCUACCACAACCCAGCCAAGUGGGGACACGCGUGAGGGGCCACCGAGGUCCGGGGGUCGGCCUCGGGUAGCCCCCUACAGGUGGUUGGGGAAGACGCUGCGAACGCAGCUCAGCUUUCUGCAGCGCAGGUGCCAGAAGAAGUUGGCCAGGUACAUGGCGCACACUCGCAACUUCGUUGGGGACCCAGGAGGCCGCGGCCGGGGUGGAGAACAGAAGUCAUUCACUGUUGUGUUAGAAAGAGAAGAUGAUACCUUGGGAUUCAACAUAAUAGGAGGCAGGCCAAAUCAGAAUUACCAGAAGCAAUCAGCAACUGAAGGAAUUUAUGUUUCAAAAAUUGUAGAAAAUGGACCUGCAGACAGAGUAGAUGGUCUGGAGAUCCAUGACAAAAUCAUUGAGGUAAGGCAGAGAAGAAAAUGUGCAUGCUCUGUGAUUAAAACUUUGUAA